GUGGAUAUCCACAUCCCGGCGCUCCCGACGCUCGAGUCCACCGACCGGAUUCUCUGUAAAUUUGGGGAUUUUGUGAGCGAGGGGGCGGUGGUGAUUGAGGACGGGAAGCUGCAGGUCACAUGUGCGCUGCCCGACCCCGUGGGCAUCCCCCCCACCACCCAGCAGCAGGACUACGUGUCCGUCCCAGUUAAAGUCAUAGUGAACGAUAAAAUCGAGGUGACGUCCGGAGAGUAUCACUUCUACAACUGUGCUGCGACAGUCCGGAAGAACCAGAACACACCGUGUAUAGCGUGUGUGACCAGUAAGUGGCGCUGUCAGUGGAACGCUCAGGAUCACAGCUGCAGCGACGAAAGUGACGCUGCAGGAGGAGAGUUCAUCGUGAAAACACAACAGGUGUGU